GCGAUUUCAGAAUACGUAAACGCUACAUAUCCCCUAAAUCAAACUUGUGUUCAUUAACUUGAAACGCCCUGUUAAAUAUAAAAAUGCAAGGUCACUGCGCGGUGUUAAACUGCAAUGGUUCAAAAUCGGACCCACAUCCGCUCUACAGAUUCCCUCUGGACGAACAAAGGUGCAAGACGUGGGUUGAGAAAUGUCACCGGCAAGACCUGGGAGACACAUCAGCUCAGGAGCUGUUCCGAUACUACAGAGUUUGUGGAAAACAUUUCCAAACAACUUCGGUGGAUGGCGAUGAUGACAAUAAAACAUUAAAAGAUGAUGCCGUACCAACAAUCUUUGAAGCGCCACCUCAAACUGGGGGAACGAAACGCAGUACAGAUCCAACUGCAACUGAUGGAGCGCAGAACAAAGGAAGAAAAAAAAUGAGAAAGUCUCCAGCUGAGACUGGAGGGGAGGGUGAAACCACUGUGCCUGAAGAAGAAAAACAUGAGGAGCACCUUAAGUCACUGUUUGAAGUACUUGUUUUGCUGGCAGAGCAAAACAUUCCUCCAUCUGGAUUCAGUGUUCACGACCCAGAAUCUAAUAGGCUAAACACCUUUAAUGCUUUGCUGGAGUAUCGCAUGAGCUGUGGUGGUGGAGCACUGAACACGGCGAAUGACAAAGAUGAAGAGUGUUGCACUUCAACUCAGCUCGACAGGUUGAUUGAAGUGUGUGAGAAAAGUGUCCGCCGUAAGCUGGUAGAGGAAGUGAAUGAGAAUGGCUUUUUCUCCUUAAUCACGGAUGACUUGGUGAAGAUCUCAGGUCUGUGGUACCUUCCUGUCUUCCUGCGCUACGUGACUCAGGCCAACGUUCAGUGCGAGAGGUUUGCUGGAUUCUUGCCGUUUGAAGAUGAGGAGGCAGUCCUGGCAGAACGAUUGCUGAGUGAACUGAGCAACGACUGGGGCUUGAAAAUGGAGCAGUGUCGAGGCCAAGCCCACUCCUUUCCCAGCAUCCACUUUCGUAAAAUGAAGUUGUUUGCUGCCAAACUUCUAGAGAAGUUUCCAUCAGCCGUGCUUACUGUGAAAUCCUCCCGUAACAUCAACAUGCUGCUCGCCAGCAGUGCGCCACUGUCUGGGGUCCAGCUGGUCAUGGGAACUUUCAAGAAGAUUGAAAUGUUCUUCAGCAUCUGCCCCUCGCUGCACUCUGAGUUGGACCAUGUCAUUUCAGUUUUCUUCCCUGACAAGGAAGAAAAGGCCAGCGAGUUAAAGGAAAUCUCUCGGACCGCUUGGACCAGACGUCCUGAUGCGUUUGAGGUGGCGAUGGAAAUUUUUGAAGCCCUACUGCUCUUCAUGGACAGCGUCCAUGACAACGAAGACCUAAAGUGGAGCGACCAGGUCACUCAUAAUGCGUUGGAGAUUUCAAAAGCACUGGCUGAUUUUGAGUUCAUCACAUCGCUGGUGGUGUUAAAAAACGUCAUGUCACUCACCAGAGCAUUUGGGAAGAAUCUGCUGGGUAAAUCCACCGACACGUUCUUUGCUGCAAACAGCUUAAAUGCCGUGAUUCACUCCUUGAGAGAAGUGUCAGACAACAUCGACGUGUAUCAUGAAUUCUGGAUAGAUGAAGCGGUGAACAUCGCUGCCACGCUGGAAAUCCCUGUCAAAGUUCCUCGCUCUUUUCUGAGGAAGCAUCAGUUGGAUGCUGGAAGUGUCCGCCCUGAGGGUUACUACAAGGACCAUUUAUCUGCUCCUCUACUCAAACACAUGAUCAGUGAAUUGACUGAGCUCUUCAGUGAAGACCACCUGAAUGCGCUUCGCUGUCUGACGCUCGUCCCUGCUGUCGUUGAACAACAGAAGACCUCAGAACACGUGGAAGACUACAUGCAGGUGUAUAAGAACGACCUCCCGAACAUUGGAAGUUUGUCUGCGGAGCUGCAUUGUUGGUGGGUGAAGUGGAGCAAAAGGGGUAAAGUGGAGACUUUUCCCUGCAGUCUGGACGAGACUCUGCAGCUGGCAGAUGUCAAGUUUUUCCCCAACAUGCUGGCAGUCCUAAGACUUGUCGGCACCUUGCCUACGUUGGCUCUGGAGGACAGUCGUGACCUGGUGUUAAAGCGCUUUGAGGUGUACGUAAAAAACACACCGGACGCUUUCAAAUCAAAAAGCCUUGCUUUUCUGACCUUGAACAAUGACAUUUGUUCUGAUCUGGAUUCCAUGGUUGAACUCUACAUCAACACUUACCCGAGCAUGUCAUAGUCCGUUCCUUCAAUAGCUGCUUCAGCAUUAGCUCUUGUGUUAUGGGUCGGGAGGCUCAAGAUUUUCUUCAGUGAAAGACUAGGACACACUUUUAAUCACCAGGCCUUGAUCUCUUUCUGCUCCUUUAGCCAAUAACAUGUAUAAUAUCUUCCUGAUCUCACACCAGAUGUUGACCCUGCUUCUGUCUGUGAUUUUGCUUCUUGCCUCCUUUAGUAUACGCUCUUGUUUACAAGAGUCAAGGCAAGACUUCAUCUAUGCCACAGCUGAAAAGGUAGAAAUGUAGCUCUUUACUGUUGUGUGUUUCUAAAUAAUUGCUGUGUUAGUAGAUGCUAUGUUGUUCUGUUUCCAAGUGGCAAACAGAUCAGGUGUCUGUAAAAUGUAAAUAAAA